CGUUUCCGGAACCUCCGGGUGUCAUCCGCGGGGAAAGGUGGGGAAGGGUCCCGGGAACGUGGUGGGGCAGGGCCUCCGAGCGUGGUUGGACUUUGAAGGGGAUCGGCCGCCAUGCUGCAUCCCCUUUUUGGAACUGCUCAACCGGGUGGCAACCGGCGCCGCUUCCUGGCCUUGGGAGGUGGUUCCUUUCUUAACCCACAAGAACCUCUCCCAAGAGAACUUGGUCCUGAUGUCUGACCAUGGAGAUGUGAGCCUCCCGCCCGAAGACCGGGUGAGGGCUCUCUCCCAGCUGGGUAGUGCGGUAGAGGUGAAUGAAGACAUUCCACCCCGUCGGUACUUCCGCUCUGGAGUUGAGAUUAUCCGAAUGGCAUCCAUUUACUCUGAGGAAGGCAACAUUGAACAUGCCUUCAUCCUCUAUAACAAGUAUAUCACGCUCUUUAUUGAGAAACUACCAAAGCAUCGAGAUUACAAAUCUGCUGUCAUUCCUGAAAAGAAAGACACAGUAAAGAAAUUAAAGGAGAUUGCAUUUCCCAAAGCAGAAGAGCUGAAGGCAGAGCUGUUAAAACGAUAUACCAAAGAAUAUACAGAAUAUAAUGAAGAAAAGAAGAAGGAAGCAGAGGAAUUGGCCCGGAACAUGGCCAUCCAGCAAGAGCUGGAAAAGGAAAAACAGAGGGUAGCACAACAGAAGCAGCAGCAAUUGGAACAGGAACAGUUCCAUGCCUUCGAGGAGAUGAUCCGGAACCAGGAGCUAGAAAAAGAGCGACUGAAAAUUGUACAGGAGUUUGGGAAGGUAGACCCUGGCCUAGGUGGCCCGCUAGUGCCUAACUUGGAGAAGCCCUCCUUAGAUGUGUUCCCCACCUCAACAGUCUCAUCCAUACAGCCUUCAGACUGUCACACAACUGUAAGGCCAGCUAAGCCACCUGUGGUGGACAGGUCCUUGAAACCUGGAGCACUGAGCAACUCAGAAAGUAUUCCCACAAUCGAUGGAUUGCGCCAUGUGGUGGUGCCUGGGCGGCUGUGCCCACAGUUUCUCCAGUUAGCCAGUGCCAACACUGCCCGGGGAGUGGAGACAUGUGGAAUUCUCUGUGGAAAACUGAUGAGGAAUGAAUUUACCAUUACCCAUGUUCUCAUCCCCAAGCAAAGUGCUGGGUCUGAUUACUGCAACACAGAGAACGAAGAAGAACUUUUCCUCAUACAGGAUCAGCAGGGCCUCAUCACACUGGGCUGGAUUCACACUCACCCCACACAGACCGCGUUUCUCUCCAGUGUCGACCUACACACUCACUGCUCUUACCAGAUGAUGUUGCCAGAGUCAGUAGCCAUUGUUUGCUCCCCCAAGUUCCAGGAAACUGGAUUCUUUAAACUAACUGACCAUGGACUAGAGGAGAUUUCUUCCUGUCGCCAGAAAGGAUUUCAUCCACACAGCAAGGAUCCACCUCUGUUCUGUAGCUGCAGCCACGUGACUGUUGUGGACAGAGCAGUGACCAUCACAGACCUUCGAUGAGCGUUUGAGUCCAACACCUUCCAAGAACAACAAAACCAUAUCAGUGUACUGUAGCCCCUUAAUUUAAGCUUUCUAGAAAGCUUUGGAAGUUUUUGUAGACAGAGUAGAAAGGGGGGCAUCACCUGAGAAAGAGCUGAUUUUGUAUUUCAGGUUUGAAAAGAAAUAACUGAACAUAUUUUUUAGGCAAGUCAGAAAGAGAACGUGGUCACCCAAAAGCAACUGUAACUCAGAAAUUAAGUUACUCAGAAAUUAAGUAGCUCAGAAAUUAAGAAAGAAUGGUAUAAUGAACCCCCAUAUACCCUUCCUUCUGGAUUCACCAAUUGUUAACAUUUUUUUCCUCUCAGCUAUCCUUCUAAUUUCUCUCUAAUUUCAAUUUGUUUAUAUUUACCUCUGGGCUCAAUAAGGGCAUCUAUGCAGAGAUUUGGAAGCCAUUUAGAAAAUCUUUUGGAUUUUCCUGUGGUUUAUGGCAAUAUGAAUGGAGCUCAUUACUGGGGUGAGGGACAGCUCACUCCAUUUGACCAGAUGAUUUGGCUAACACAUCCCGAAGAAUGAUUUUGUCAGGAAUUAUUGUUAUUUAAUAAAUAUUUCAGGAUAUUUUUCCUCUACAAUAAAGUAACAAUUAACUUA